UCGUAAGCCAGAAAAGGACCAAUUCGGGAUUGUUGGAUUGCAGGUUGCGGGACUAAAAAUGUCUCUGAAUGUUCUUAUUAGAGACAAGCAUGAAGUUCACCGUUAUUAUAAGUUGCAUGAAUCAACAAUUCCGAUUCGUUAUUCCAAUGGCCCUUCUGUUCUGGCUGAAUUUGUAAAAACUUUUUGA